CUUAAAUAAAUUAAAAAUAAACCUUAAAAAAACCUUUUUAAAAAACGGAGCAUGAACCUUCCCCACGGUUUCAAGCUGUUCCGGUUCCAAUUCCAAACCGGAGCGUUGUCCAGCCCCGCAGAAAAGGAAUCGUUGCGCCGUCAGUGCCUCCCUCUAAAUCCACGCUCAACUACCACCCUCUCUGCUUCCUCCCGCCUUCCUUCCCGCAGACACAGAGAGAGAGAUGAUGGAUGGCAUUGAGGAAUGCGUCGCCGGCUUCCCCGAUCUCUACAACGUUUGGUUCUACGGCCACCGCAUCGAAACCCUAGUCACCUACGAAUCAAGCCGGGUCAUCGAAUGGAUCGACGAGACCGAGUUCAUCCACCGCCGCCGCCUCCACCACCUCGUCGUCGGCCUCGACGUCGAGUGGCGUCCGAAUCGCUACCGCGGAGAGAGCAAUCCGGUGGCGACGCUCCAACUCUGCGUCGGCCACCGAUGCCUCAUCUUCCAGCCUCUCUACUGCAGCCAGAUCCCGGACGCGCUCCACCGCUUUCUCUCCGACUCCAACUACACCUUCGUCGGCGUCGGAAUCCACACCGACUUGGAGCUUCUCGCGCAGGACCACGAACUGGAGGUGGCCAACGCCGUCGACUUGCGGACCAUAGCGGCGAACGAGUUCAACGAUCGGUCUCUGGAGAGAGUCGGAUUGAAGCAUCUGGCGGUGACCUACAUGGGAGCGGAAAUGGAUAAGCCCAGGCGGGUCACCCUGAGCGAUUGGGCUCGCGAUUCUCUCACCCUGGAGCAGAUCCAGUACGCCUGCAUCGAUGCUUAUGUGAGUUUUGAGAUUGGCAGGAUUGUGAAUGCCUCUGUCCAUGAUUAGUAUUUUUUUUCUCCCUCCGAUUUCUCUGCUGGAAAUUCGAAUGCUCAUAUAAAUGCAGUUGUGUAUCUAUCUACCUUCAAACCAUCAUCAUCUAUUAUGACUCUUCAUCUCUUUGUUUCUAUAAUGCUAUUGAUUUGUGGCUUUUCCUAAUCUCUCUGUCUAAAGCCCGGCGCCGGAGAGACUGGUGUCUCACGGUGUCACUGACUGGUUUGGACUGAGUCCAUAG